UGGAGGUUGUCAGCUUCAUUGGCAAAACCGUUGGCGCAGGCGCGGCACUGACAGCUGCUGUCUACAUACUCCGUAAAGUCUGCUUAAUAAUGGCCUGGAAAUCCGGAGGAGCCAGCCACGCAGAGCUUGUUAACAACCUCCGCAAAAAUGGCAUUAUUAAAUCUGACAAGGUGUUUGAAGUCAUGCUGGCCACAGACCGUGCACAUUACUCCAGGUGUAACCCCUACAUGGACUCGCCGCAGUCGAUAGGUUAUCAAGCAACCAUCAGCGCUCCUCAUAUGCACGCCUACGCACUGGAGCUUCUACACGAUCAGCUGUACGAAGGAGCGAAGGCUCUGGACGUGGGCUCCGGCAGCGGGAUCCUCUCCGUUUGCUUUGCACGAAUGGUAGGCCCUAAAGGGGAAGUUGUUGGGAUUGAUCACAUCAAAGAGCUGGUCGACGAUUCUAUAAACAACGUGAAGAAAGACGACCCCAGCUUGAUAACAUCAGGUCGAGUCAAGCUACAAGUGGGAGACGGGCGGAUGGGCCUCCCAGAGGAGGCACCUUAUGACGCCAUCCAUGUUGGAGCAGCAGCUGCCUCCGUCCCCCAGGCUCUCUUGGACCAGUUGAAGCCCGGCGGUCGGCUGAUCCUCCCCGUCGGCCCCGCGGGAGGAAACCAGAUGCUGGAGCAGUACGACAAGCUGGAGGACGGCAGCACCAAAAUGAAGCCCUUGAUGGGGGUGAUUUAUGUGCCUUUAACAGACAAAGACAAGCAGUGGUCCAGGUGGAAGUGACUUCCUUCUCCCCCUCCUCCCCCUCUCUCCUUCUCACAGUGGCAAAGGGAUGAACUCUGAACGAGACGCUCCAUAAUCCACCUUUGAGUCUGAACCUGGAGGAACCUGUGUGUGGGGGUGCAGGGCGGGGGUCUCCACGGGCCUCGACAUUUCACAUAAAGCAUAAAUAAAACGUUUCUCUUUUUGUUCAAGUCAAAUGAGGAACUGGAGCAUCAACGCCGACGGCCCCGAGGGGCUGCAUGGAAAGACUGCUUGAAGCUCAACGCAGAAAUAUUCAAGACGGGCUUUUUGGUUGUUUUUUUUGUUUUGUUUACGGGCCUUCGUGUUUGGUUCAACGUUACUUUAAACUGGUUUGCUCUUCUGACAUGGUUUCUCCAUUUUUGAGUUACAGUCAGAUGUUUUUACAGCGUUGCACUUCAGCCGGAUCAACGCUGAACGACGACGAUGAAGGCCUGAGCCUUUUCGAUAAUUCACCUAGCUGUGUGUGUGUGUGGAUCAUCUAACUGUGAACUUUCUGCUAAAAUGAGCUUUCUUUCCCUGCCAGCAGUAUUAGAAAGACAACACAGUGGCUGGUGUCACCCAACACGUCCUGCUUGAUGUGCAGAGCUGUUAAGAUCACGUUAAAUACACAACACACGAUUACACACUAACAACAUGCAUGCACACGCAGGGCUGCGUGUCGUUUUCUGCAUCGGCGACUGACACUAAAUGGGACGGCCACUGCUUUGCCAAAAUAAACUUCAGCAUUAUAAAGCAAACUUUCUUCAAGACGGAACAAAGAAAACACAAGAAAAUUGAAAAAAGCACAUUUUAUUUUGUGUGAGCUCACUGACGAUAUUUGGCUUUUACAAUCUUUGAAAUGGCAAAAUGACAAUAAAGAGAUGCAUACGA